UACAGGCAGCAUCACAGCACUGUCUGCACAUGAAGACACAGAGCAGGAUGGAUUUUUACUUCCUUAGGGUCUCGGCGUUCCUCUGCACCUCCUUGGCAGUGGCCUCAAAAGGCCCAUCCGUACAGGUGUCUCAAAGCCCCAGGGUCAUCUCCUUGAUGCGGCUGAACUCCUCUGCAGAGAUCUCCUGCUCAGCCACCGUCCGUCUGCAAGGCGUCGAGCUGUACGGACUCGCUCUGAAGCGCCGAUUUAGCGGGGACAGGUCGGUGCUCUACACGACGAUGAUCCAGAGCGUUCAGACGCUCCAUGACGACUUCAAAGACAGACUCUCCGUCACCGGAGACUGCUGUGACUUCACUAUCAAACUGUCUUCACUGAAGGUGGAAGAUACCGAUGGCUACUACUGCAGUUGGCAGAUAUUGGAUAAGAACGGGGAAUUCCAUAAUCAGGAGAGCAAUUACACAACCAUCAUUGUUCGCGAGCGCGAUCCUGAGGAGCCCUGCAACAGGCCAGGCAAGCAGCUGCACCGUCUGUUCCUUGGACUGAGUGUGGUGGCGUGUGCUGUCAUGUUCCUCAUCUUCACCGGGGCCCUCAUCUGGCGGUGCUCGCUGUCGUCUGUGUCUCCCCAGAGUAAAGGCAGAUACGACACCCAACAAAGCAGUCAGCACGAACUCCAUCAUCAUCAUCGUCGUCGUCCCGCUCCUCCUCCUCCUCCUCCUCCUCAUCAGCAUCAUCACCAUCAUCAUCAUCAUCAUACUCAGCAUCCUCCCCAUCUUCACUCCCACCCACCACAGCCACAAUUACAACAUUGGUCUUCACCACACCAUUAAUGCACACCUAUUCAAGAACAUCAAGAACAAGUGCACACAGUACACAUCUAUAUCACGAAUAUCCUGAGGACAAUUAACUGAGAAAAAUACAUGAUCUGAUAUUAUAUACAUUUCGAAUGCUGUGUGUAUCUGUGUGGUUUGCAAGGGUACACACUGUACCAUAAGGUAUAAUCUUAAACGUAAGUUUGUGGCAGUACUGUAGUGUAAAGAUCAUCAUGCAUUCUGUUACGGGCUAUGCAUUUCUCUUUGAAGUUUACAUCAGGGUUAGGUCAGCACAUUUUUGCAGCUAUGUCUCUCACCACAUCCUCAUCGCACUUUUUGAAAAGGAAGUCAGGCCUUUGACAUUUUUUUCCAAAGCAGAAAAUACGACAUUCAGACAUUAUAUCUCUGAGAUGUAAGCCUAUGUGUGAAAUAUGGCUGCUACAUUUUAAGAAGGGAAACUUUGUAUAGCACUUUUUAUAGUCCAGUUAAAAAUAAAAGUUUUCUUUGUAUUUAAUUUACAAUUGUAGCCUUAAAAUCUACCAGAUAAUAUGUUCUGUAUCAGUUACAAAAACUGUGUGGUCAUUUGUUUUCAAAAGUGGAAGAAACUCAAAAAAAGCUUAGGUCCUCUGGUGUUUUUUUUGCUCAUAACCUGCCGCACUUUCUUGAAACACGCUAAGGUCGAUCUUAAAUGGCACAAGCGUUCUCCUGUAUUCAAUAUUUUUUCGCUUCCUACUGGCAAUGCACCUUUUUUUCCACAGUGGAUGGAUAGGGGAGUUUAUGUUCUUCAAGACUUUUAUGAUGACAAUGGUCUACGAGCUUUCAAUGAUCUGCAAGCUGAAUAGAGUUUGCCUGGCAAAUCAUUGUUCUUUUACUUGCAACUGAGAUCUGCCAUGAAGGCAUAUGGUGUCCCUUGGGGAGUACCGCUCCUAACACACCCUUUGCAUAAAAUACUUUCUGUACAAAGACAGACAUGUGGGAUGGUCUCAAAACUUUAUAAAUUUAUCUCUGAAUCUUGUGCAUCUUUACCAGUAGAAAGUGUAUGGUGUAGGGAACUGCCCUUCUGAGGAUGAGAAAGAUUUGCUGGGACACAAUAUGGGAGAAUCUUCAUGAUACCUCCAAAAACCCUGAUCACCAAUUAAUACAUUUUAAAUGUAUACACAGGAUGUAUCUUACUCCUAGAAAACGUCAUGCCAUGAAAAUCAUCACAUCUCCUAAUUGUGACCUAUGUACACUUGCCUUUCUUACAUAUGUACUGGGAAUGCCCUAAUGUGUUUGUCUUUUGGAGACAUAUAUGCUCCACUUUAAGUGAUAUGCUUGAAGUAAAUAUUCCACUGUCACCAACCUUACUUUUACUUAAUGAUGACUCUACUUUGGAACUGAGUUUACAGCAGAGGCGCAUACUAUGGGCUAGUCUCACCGCAGCAAAGAAAAUGUUGGCCUUGCGAUGGCAGCCGCCUCACACUUUAUCAUGGCAGCGGUGGGCCAACUCAUUCCUAGACAUAGUUAUGAUGGAGAGAUCUGUGGCCCGUGUCCAUGGAGCUAGUCAGAAAACUUUACGUGCAUGGGACGCAGCUUACACUUUGGUUAAAGAAAGAGUGCAGCAUUAGUAGGCCUAUACUUAACUGAAGGUUUUUUUUAUGGAGGGAGAGAGACUAGGGGGUCGCCAUGGGGUGGGGGGUGUUGGGGUGUGGAUGAUUGUCCUGUUUCUGUUAUGCGUAUGUUUUUGUAUUGAUCUAAAAUGUCAAACCUGUACUAUUUUUGUAUCUCUACCUUUAUAUUAUCAAUAAAGAAUUGAUUAAAAAAAAAAA